GAAUUUGCUAUUCUGACACUCAUCUUUAACACCUCGCCAUUAAAGUCUUUGGCCACCAACCCAACGCCUCCGCGGAUCUUGAAUGAAAUCUCCAUCGACGUUCAGCUUCAAUCUACCCUCCUCCGGCGGUUGCCAACUAGUUCGUUCUGCUUCAAACCUGCCGAGGAUUUAAAUUCAGACAAGUAGAUAUGUUUCCUUCUUCUGCUAUACUUAUAAAGUAAGAAGCGGCAUAAAUCUUACAGAAGCAGCAGCUAAUUUUCUUCUCCGAUCUCUCUAUUGCUCUCCCUGCAACUGGAUCAUCAAGGGAUUAACCAUCGGAAAGCCGCUCAAAAUGGAUUCUGCAAUCGAGGAUGUAGUCGAGGGUGCAUUGUCUGAUGUUCAUGACUUGCAGGGUACGUUGUAUGCUAUUCUAAAUCGUGAUGGUCUGGAUAUGGCUGCUAAAAAGUGCCAUUUCAUAGCCGAGUUCCUUAAUUAUCUUAAAAGUAUAGACGCUUCAGAAGCAUGUGUGGCUUUUGAUCGUCCAAGAACUGGAAUGCAUUGGUGGCUUUUUAUUGAAACUGACUAUUAUCGAGGUUUAUAUGGUCCUUUGAAAAGAGAGAAUAAUCAGCUCAUAGAUGCUGCAAACCAUGCUGCUUAUAACUCCUUUGCGCAAGUUAUGAUGGAACUUCGGCAACAAACAGCAUGUCUCCAUUUCAGUGCCAGCAAAAAAACCAUCAAAGCUCCAUGGAAAAGAGUUCUUGCUUAUUUUGAUGGGUACUGCAAGAAUCUUUCAGUCGAAAACAGUUUCUAUGUUGCUAAUUUAAGGGGCAAUAUCCAAAAGGCUGCAGACUUCGCAAAACAAUACAUGAGUCAAGAAGCAGAUCAAUUGCAAUUCCCAGAGGAUAAAUUAGAUAGGAUUGAUUACUAUUGUAUGCGCGCUUUGCAAUGGGGCCUUAGGGGGAACUAUGUUCUUAAGGAUACUUCUUCAGAUAUGCAGCAUGCUGCCAAAGCUUAUAUGGAUGAUGAUGAUGACAUCGUGGGUCUUGAUGGUGACUCCAUAAAAAUUAAACAACAACUAACAAGUAGUCUGUCAGAACUCAAGAUAAUCCCUAUAGUAGGUAUGGGAGGAAUCGGGAAGACAACCCUUACCAGAAGAGUUUAUGAGGAUCCUCAAAUCAUGGUUCACUUCCCCGUUCGUGCUUGGACUAUAGUAUCUGAGGAAUACCAUGAAAGAGAUGUUUUGCUCCGCAUACUAAAAUCAAUUGCUCCACUGCCGGAACAAGUAUGCAAGGAACACGAAGGACAAUUAGCUGAUAGGCUAUAUAGAAGAUUGAAGGGUUGGAGGUACUUCAUUGUCCUUGAUGACAUUUGGACUACGCAGGCUUGGGAUCGACUAAAGUUGUGUUUUCCUGAUGACAACAAUGGCAGCCGAAUUAUAGUGACAAGUAGGAUCAGUGAUGUUGCUUGUUAUGUGAGCCCUGAGAACUCUCCUCAUUUUAUGAAUUUUCUAGGCCUUGAAGAUAGUUGGGACUUGUUGCUUAAACAAGUAUUUGGAAAAGAAGCUUGCCCUCCUCAGUUGGUAAGUGUCGGAAAGCAAAUAGUAGAGAAAUGCCGAGGAUUACCACUAGCCAUUAAAGUGGUAGCAGGACACCUUUCCAACUGUAGUAAGAAGCAAGAGUAUUGGCAGGAUGCUGCAGAAAGUGUAAGUUUGGCAACCGAAGUAUCCCAAAUGGAGUCACUUCUCAACAUUCUUUCAAUAAGCUAUAAUCACUUGCCUCAGCAAUUAAAGGCAUGCUUCCUUACAAUGGUCACUUUUCUGAAGAAUUUUGAGAUCCCUGUUAGAAAACUAGUUACACUUUGGGCUGCUAUGGGAUUUCUACAUCCUAAUGUGCCAAAAACUGUGGAAGAAGUAGCAAUGAUGUGUUUGAAGGAUCUCAUUGCCAGAAAUUUAAUUAUGGUGACAAAGAGGAAAUUCGACGGUAAAGUGAAAUUAUGCGGCGUCCACGAUCUCUUGUGGGACUUGAGCAUGAGAGAAGCUCGAAAAGAAGGCAAUUCCAUUUUCGGUAACAAUAUCUCUUUGAGCCAUUCUUACUUUAAUGGUAGUAAUGACAUAAAUUAUGUAAUGGGUCUCAGCAGUACUCUACGCUAUUUUGACCACUCAUUUGAAUCAGAUUGUCCCAUCGGUUGCUCAGAAUUCAAACUACUCAAGAUCUUGGAUAUCUUGAAUCAGUCUUUUGAUCAUUUUCCAGAUGAGAUUACAGAGUUAGUUAAUUUGAGGUAUCUUGAGUUGGCUACUAGUAGCAAUAUUCCAGAGUCGGUGUCGAAACUUUGUCAUCUAGAAACAUUGAUCAACAAUCAUGAAGGGGCAGCUCCAACAUUACCAAAUGGAAUAUGGUCAUUAGCACGUCUAAAACAUCUUCAUACAAGAACUUGCUCUUCCAUGGCUAAACCCCCUAGUAGUGAAGGAGGAGGCUGUGUUUCAGCAGGUCUUCCUAAUCUUGAAACGCUUUCUAACUUAAGCUUUGCCAGUUGUACCGAGGACGUCCUCUUAAAGAUUCCAAACCUGAAGGAACUAAGGAUUCACGAAACAGAAGAGGAAUUAGAUGUUGAAGGUGAUCAGCUCCUAUUUAGUUCCCUUAGCAAUCUCAUUUGCUUAAAUCAACUUGAAAUCUUCAAGUUGUGCUGCAAUGCGGCGGAACUUGAUCAGAAACCAAGAUGUAUUCCGCAGUGGGAUAGCUUCAUUCCAAACAUCAAGCAGUUGACUCUAGUUGGAUGCUAUCUGCCAUGGAGCGAAAUUAAUGCUUUAGCCAUGUUACCCGAUCUAGAGGUGCUAAAAUUGAAAGGCUGGCCUGCCAAUGUUGGAUCUGAAUGGGAAUUGGUUGAUGAAGAAUUCCUCCAAUUGAAGUGUCUGGUGCUUGAUCGCUUACCUCUGAUGUUAUGGAAUGCAAACCAAGACCAUUUCCCUAACCUACAAUGCCUAAUUAUAAGGAACUGUCCCAACCUGUUCAGUAUCCCUUUGGAAUUUGGGAACAUACCUACAUUGCAGUUAAUUGACUUGGAAUACUGUAGCUCUCAGGCCUUUGAAUCUGCAAGACAAAUUCAAAGAGAACAACUCAAUAUGGGGAAUGAUAAACUUAAAGUUUGCCUUGGUCGUUUGAUACAGAAUGAACAAUUCUUGAGUUUAGUUAAUACCGUUGUUUACAUGAAUUCCCGAUUGAAGAUUCAACGGGGGGCUAAGACUAAGAGAGUCCGAUGCAAGAAACAUUUUUACAUGAAGAAUUCGCGGUUGAAGAUGCAAUGGGCCAAGAAACUGAUCCGUAGCAAAAAGAUGAAGAGAAAAGAAGACGCUGAUGAUGGGCAAAGUGAAGUUUCUGUUGGUGAGUGCUCCAGCAAUUCCACAUUAAUUGGCAGUGCCAAAUGAUGAUUCACAUUAUUGACUGUGAGGGGGCUGAAAUGAGGAUUUGUGGUUACUUAUGUUUUGAAAUAGUUCUAAUUGGUACAGUUCAAAAAGCUGGAUUUCUUUUCCUUUUCUUUUAAAUACAAUAAAAUUGUAUUAAUGCCCAUAUAGUUGUGUGCUAAUGCAUAUGGUGGUUGUACUCUGAUACAUACAUUCAAUUAAUUGACAAACUCUUUUAAGUCUUGGACUGUUUUUCAAUUUUUUAUAUGCUAU